UUACUUUUUAAUGAUGCUGCCGGAAGUAAUUUUGUAAAGCGAACGACGAGCUCUGCUGUUGAGAUAUACAGCUCUUUUGUCAUAUUUUGCUUUGUUGGGCAUACUCCAAGUGAACCACUGAGGCUGUCUUCAAAAUGAUCAUCCCAGUGCGGUGCUUCACAUGUGGAAAGAUCGUGGGUAACAAGUGGGAGAUGUACCUUGGCUUGCUCCAGGCCGAGUACACUGAGGGCGAUGCUCUUGAUGCCUUGGGCCUGAAGAGAUACUGCUGUCGAAGGAUGCUCCUGUCACAUGUGGAUCUUAUUGAGAAGUUGUUAAAUUAUGCCCCCCUGGAAAAGUAACUGCAACUGGCCUCCUUUAAAAAGAGUGUUUUUGUUUGGUUCCUUCUCCUUUACUUUGAUGCAAAAGGAAAACAAUGUUACUUUGAACACAAUACUUUUUAUUUUUUUUUCCUUUCAAUAAAGCGGAUAAAUGGCACAUUGCCUUUUA